AUGUCACGGCGUAGGGAGAUCAAAAUGCUGUUGACACUAGUAGAAGUUCGCGCAGCUUUCGAACAGCAGAUAUUGCUAGCCGUGACGGAUGUGCUGGACAUUAUUCAUGAGGCGCAGUUUCUAAUGAACUUGGAGCCUAUCGUGGUUUCUGUGCUGGAACGAGCUUCAACUUACGUUUUUGGUGACAUUCAUGGUCAGUUUUACGAUCUGAUGCAAUUGAUGGACGCCGUUGGGGUGACUGAACUGGCGGAAAAGGAUGUUCAGUUGGUCUUCCUGGGAGACUAUGUCGAUCGUGGAGCCUUUUCGUGUGAAGUCAUGCUGUACCUAUUUCGAUUAAAAAUUCAGUUUACCAACAAGGUAUUUCUCCUACGUGGGAACCACGAGUGUGAAUCCAUUUCAUCUUUCUAUGGAUUUCGCAGUGAAUGCCGAGGCAAGUAUGGUAUCUCGAUAUAUUACCACUUCUUAUCCUGUUUCCAGUCAAUGCCAGUGGCUGCAUUGUUGGCCACAUCACGUGGAAAAAUUCUUUGUGUUCAUGGUGGACUUUCACCCGAAUUAAAAUCGAUUCAAGAUAUUCAAGUUAUUGAUCGACGUCGAGAGAUCCCAACAACUGGACUUUUGUGCGACCUUUUAUGGUCAGACCCUGUGACUUCAAAACGUCAUGGAAUGGACGCAAAGGUGGACACUCAAGUAUCUUGGAAACCCAAUCAGGCUCGUGGCUGUUCCUACUACUUUAACGCAGCAGCGACGUUCGAAUUUUUGGGUAACAAUCAGCUACUUUCGUUGAUACGAGCUCAUGAAUAUGACGAUGAAGGCUUUACGUUUCACUUCAACUCUGAGGAAUUCGAAAAACUGGACAACCGAGACGACAAGCUUAUGCCUCCACUUAUCACAGUCUUUUCGGCACCAAACUACUGCGAUAGCUACGGCAAUACGGCUGCCUAUUUGCUCUUUCGAAAUAAGCCUUUUUCAUGGGAAAUCCAGCAGGUCAAUACGGUGGGGCACCCUCCUCCACCGAUUGCAAGUGCUGAGAGAGGAUCCGAUAUGUGGCGAUUAUUUAACGAAACACUACCAUUUCUUCCAGCUAGCAAGAAAUUUUUCGAGGAGGUAUUGUGGUUGGCUCAAAGACAACGAGCUCAAAUGGGAUUGCAAUGUGCACCUAAUUCUUCGGCUGGCCACGAUGAUGUUAGCAAUCACAGUGGAGUCACUUUGGCUGAAAAUGAAACAUUACCAGAACGGCGCCGACGUAUGUCGAGUGAAAUGCACCCACAAGCUAUCCGAAAGGUGCUGGACGAUGAAGUAAAUAAGUGGGAAAUGGUUGAAGACAAAACGCAGCAUUGUUUUCCGGGGUCGAAAACUCCUCCGCGUAUUCAUCGUAGACCAUCUUUGAGCAGUGUGGAGGAGAAGCAGACCAACGAGCGGCCAAAUCUGCUGACUACGCAAGAACUUGAUACUAUAAAGUUAAUGUUUUCGUUGAUGGACACGGACGGCAGCUUGGAGUUGAACUCGGCAAAGGUUUCACAAUUCGUACUCAAUAUUCUGGGUGAAAGGAUCAGCACUGCUGAUGCUAACAGUUACCUAGAUGCUCUGGAUUAUGACCGAAACGGUGUAGUGGACUUUGUGGAUAUUCUCUCGUGGAUUGCAGUUAUGAAAGCGAACCACAACAAUCACCACUCAAGUAGCUUUCUGAGUUUGUCAAGUCUACAAAUUGGUGCGCGACUACUGACACGCGAGUUCAAUGCUACAAAAAUCUACUUGUGGCUGGCAUUUCUAUGCAUGUUGCGAGACAUCAUUGUUCCAAAGCAGCGAAAAGUGAUCAAAUCGUCAUAUAUUCGCCUGCUUGGUUCCAUCUCACUUGUGCUGUAUAUUCUGGGUCUUUUAUCUGGAGAAAACACUGGUCGAAAGCGUGCUAAUCAGUCAGCCAAGAAGGCUCAACGUGCAAGUGUAUCGCUUAGUACACGCCUACAGCAGUGGAUUGUGCCUAUUAAUGUGCUGUAUCUACUGUACUGCAUGGUGUGGCACUACAAUUCAGUCACAUUGUGGACACUUGUGGGUUAUGUCUUUUUGACAUUGUCCACCUAUUUCUGCUAUUCGUGGGUGGUUGGAGCAGCUCAGGAAGGAGGCAGCAGCGAGUACGCGAUGGACAUUUUAAUCGUUACGCUAUUCGUGCAAACUGGACUUUUGAUUUCGAGUUAUUUCUGGCUCGUCUACCUCGUUAUCCCGGGUUACCUGUUGUACCACGGAGGUCGUCUACUUCUUAAUUACGUUUUCACACCGAACGCAACGGACGAAGACGAUCCCAAUGCUUUAAAGAAAAAGGAAAAAGCAGAGCGGAAGGCUGGACGCCCAAAAUUCAAGAAUAACCGUCGGUAG